GAGCGCGCAGGGAUGCGCGAGGAGGCCACGACCCUCAGCCGCAGGGCGAGGCCCGGGGGCCGCAUGGGGGACGCCACGCCCGCCCCGGGGAACUGCACAGGCAUGUGUGUGCAAGUGCAGCCACCCCUGCAGGGCACCUUCCAAGUACUUCGUGGGGACGGCACUUCUGUGGGGACUGUCAUCGUGUUCCACUGCCCCUCGGGCCACCAGAUGGUGGGGUCUGGCCUCCUCACCUGUGUCUGGAAGGGGAACAUUGCUGAGUGGUCUUCAGAGACCCCCAUGUGCAAGACUGUGCCUCCCUAUGAAACCUUUGGCUUCAAGGUGGCCGUGAUCUCCUCCAUCGUCAGCUGUGCCAUCAUCAUGCUCAUGUCCAUGGCCUUCCUCACCUGCUGCCUCAUGAAGUGUGUGAAGAGGAGUGAGCAGCAGCGAUCCAACAGGGCGGCCCAGCUGUGGUUCCAGCUGAGAGGCGAGGACUUAGAGACAGUACAGGCCGCCUGCCUCGGGCUCAAGGGCCUCAACAACAAACGCAGCAUCAGUGGCGAGGCCAGGAUCCAGCCCAUCCAGGCUCACGACAACCACAGCUUCACCACAGACCUUGGCGAGGGGACCAGAGAGCUGGCCAGCAUGGCCCGAGGCAUUGACAAGGACCCCUGGACCCCCAGUGGCCCCACCAGCUCAUCCCGUGCCCAGGUGAUGGUGCAUACAGCGAACCCAGGGCAGAUGCUGCCUGCCUCCAGGCCAACUGUGGGAAUGCUCAGACAGCCUGCAGCCUAUGUCCCGGGGUGACUAAGGCGGAGGCCAGAGCCCACAAUGGAAGGGCCAGGCUGACCCCACCAGCUGGCCACUGCAUCUCAACAUGUGUCCAGCUCAAGAUUGGUCAGUGAAAUCAGCUUCCGGGUUUAGGGAUCCCUCAGGGCACUGAGCUGGGGACCCUAUUUAGGGGGUGUUCUGUCCCAGGGGAGCCCAGUAGUAUAGUGGUUUUUAUAGACAGGCUUCCUUGAAACCACCGCUGAGGUUCACAGAACCAGCUGCAGCCUCCCUCUAGUCAGGCUCCUUUGAAGAGACUGGGGGACAUUUUAAGCACGUCUAGUUUUGCAUAGCAGAAUGGGAAGAUGGCAGCAGGUUUCUCAACAAUUACAGCUGGCUGCCUUGUAUCUAUAAGCAGGGACCCAGCUGGGGUGCUGCAUCUAUUAUCUGUAAAGUUGUGGUAAGGGGUAUGAAAUAAACAAUUCUUUGAAAAACAACAAA